AUGAAGGUUCCUGGUGAACAGAUCCAGCAUGAGCUUAAGAAAAGAGGACUACAACUGGCUGACUUCCCAGGAUCCAAUGAGGAACCAGAGCACGCUGUCCUCAUAGGAGCUGACUACUAUUGGCAGAUCGUGACAGGAAGGGUGGAGAGACUUACAGAAACAUUGGUGGCACUGGAGAGCACCUUCGGAUGGUCUGUUCAGGGUCCAGUCUCUGCAUCAACUGUUACAGAGGCAACCUGCAUGUUCAUUCCUUGUGAGGAAGAGAAACUCCUCUCCAAGCAACUGAAAGCAUUCUGGGAAAAAGAGUAUCUGGGUGCAGUGAGUAAGCCAGCAUCGGAAACAACAGCCUCCAGAGAGCGAGCCCACGACCGUGGACGCUCCCAUGAAAGGAAACACCAUCAUUCCUCUGCAGACAAACAGCGCUACUACUCCUGUGACCGCUAUUGCAGCAGGGGACAGUGCCACUCAAAAUCUUCCACCGCCAGCUGUGCCGCCUCUCCAAGUGAAGGGCUGGAAACCAGCAACAAGCAGGGCAGUGGUUGGGUUAAAGGCAGCCCAGUGGCACUGAGCUCCAAUACUAGCACGCCAAGCCGUGGACGUCGGCAGCUCCCCAAGAUCCCCCACACCCCGCGACCUGGGGUGGCUUACAAGACUGCCAAUUCCUCUCCUGUGCAUUUUGUGUCCAGCCAGACCUCUCUGAGUCCCGGCCGGCUAAGCCGUGGCCUCUCAGAGCACAAUGGCCUCCGUUACAGCAGCUCUCACCACUUCCCCUGCCCCGUCACUCGUAUCAGCUCAGAGCCCUUCCUGGGCCAGGGCCAGGGCAAGGCCCUGGGUAGCCUCUAUGGCAGCCUCCGGGACCAGCUGCAAGUCUUCCAGGAUAUGGCGGCGCUGUCUCCCAGCCCCUGUGGUGGACACUCCUCUUGGAACGCACUGCCUCGCAUGAUGGGAGCGUUGUCUCCUGCUCAACAACAGAACAUUGGUAUGCCCAAUGGGUACCACAUCAGCUUUGGGGGUAGCACCAGCCCAGGCUCUGGCGUCAGGGCAGCCAGGUGUUACCAGGAGGCAGUGAAGGAUGAAUGGUGCUAGCAUGGCUUUAAACAAACCUUUUUAAUGCAUUUUUGAGGAAUUGUGAUGAGUUUUAUCAUCUUCUUGGAAGGCUUUAGUUUACAUCAUCACCGUGUGUGUUUUAAUGCUUUAUUGUAAUCCUAACUUGGAGAUCUUAAGUUAUGGAGAACACCUGAGGAGAAUGCUUUAAGGGGGUAAUAUUUGAAUGUGAAUAGAAAAGUAUCCUCUUUAUCAAAGCGCUUGUAGCAGAAAAGCAGACUUUUUGUCAAUAUCAGAUGUCUUACAGUGUCUGUUCUUGAUUU